AUCCUGGCCGUUUCAUUGCCACUACUAUUAAUGUGUUUUCCCGUUCUGCUCCGAUGUUCUAGAAUCUAGCACAACUACAAUUAAUCGUGAAAUUGUACGACUAUUUAGGGGGCCCCUAUUGAGUAUCACCGAGUGAAGCAAUCGCUACAGCAUACCCUGCGUUGUUGCUGGCAGCGUGUUUCUCGUGUUGAAGGCCUAUAAUUCUGUUUAUAUUCUGCUUGCCCAGUAGCUCUUGGGAAUCGAAAGCUAAAAUGAAUAAGAGGCUGCUAUGUGCGCAACUUCGACACAAGAGAGCGCUCCUAAACUGGGACGGUUGCAGCUGAACCGCAAGAAAGGAUCCUAUAGCCAGUAGACUACAUAUAAGCGCAUACUUUAACCAUCUCCUUCAAAACAAGGAGAAGAUGCGUUGAAAUGCUUACAAAUUAACGAUCGCUCUUAUUUUUAUUAUUGUGAUUGAAAACAACAAAAAAUAUAUGUCGCGUAUUUAUUUAUUUCCAAAUUGCAGCCUAUUUUCGUAUUUUUUUAAAAAUGUAUUAGGUCUAUUUAUUAGCCUCAUUUGAAAACGAAGUAGGCCAAACAAGGACCAAGAUUGGAUGCAGAACUUUUCAAGAAGAUCCCUGGUUCCGGUGCGUCUCCAACCCUUCUGACAGAAGCCCCGGAGAAGAAUUGGAAGAAGACCGUGGGACCGAAUAACAUUUAAUCUUACCUGACAAAAAAAUUACCAUGCUCGGAGAGGGAGAGAGCAACACCUUUCCUUCCCCCAAGGACGCCCCCCGCCCGGAGGAGAGGAGAAAGUCCCCGGUGGUGGGUGCAGAUGACCCGGCUAUGGCCGGCAGCGCUAGCCGAUACACCGACGGACUCGGGCCAGACCGCUAUUAUAUCUCACCCCCAUCCAAGCAAACUGGAGACAUGGCGAGUCCAUGUUCGUUAUUCCCUUAUUCUCAGUCCGGUACCGUUUACACGGGUUCCGGUGGAUCCAGAUAUUCGACAUCGCUUCACUUCAGCUCGGUGUUGCCUCCCACGGGAUUCUCCUCCGCGGGGCGCAAUCAGUUCGGCUCGGCCUACCAGUUAGGACAGGGUGGGUGUCUCUACCCUCCAUACAGCACCGGCUCCGGGAUCGGCUCGGUGCCCCUACCCUCGGGCACGGGGGUGAGGGCUCAGGUCUACCUCUGUAACCGGCCUCUCUGGCUCAGGUUCCACCGUCAUCAGACCGAGAUGAUUAUCACCAAACAGGGCAGGCGGAUGUUCCCGUUCCUGGGUUUCAACCUGAUGGGUCUGAAUCUCUCUGCUCAUUACAACGUGUUUGUGGAGGUCAUGCUCGCUGACCCCAACCACUGGAGGUUCCAAGGCGGGAAAUGGAUCACCUGCGGAAAGGCGGACAAUAAUAUGCAGGGAAACAAAAUGUACGUCCAUCCUGAAUCUCCCAACACGGGAGCACAUUGGAUGAGACAGGAGAUCUCGUUCGGCAAACUGAAGCUCACCAACAACAAAGGAGGCAGUAACAACAACGCACAGAUGAUAGUUCUUCAGUCUCUUCACAAGUAUCAGCCGCGGCUACACAUUGUAGAGGUGACAGAGGGGUUGGAGGACAUGAGCAGUGACCCAAAGACCCAGACCUUCACCUUCCCUGAGAACCAGUUUAUAGCCGUCACGGCCUAUCAGAACACCGAUAUCACACAACUGAAAAUUGACCACAACCCGUUUGCAAAAGGAUUCAGGGAUAACUAUGAUUCGAUGUACACAGCUCCAGAGGGUGACCGACUGACCCCCUCCCCCACCGGCUCCCACCAGAUCGUCCCAGGUGCUCGCUAUGCCAUGCAACCUUUCUUCCAGGACCAGGUCAUCAACAACCUGCCCCAGAACCGCUUCUACAACAGCGAGAGGACAGUACCCCAGACCAACAGUCUCUUUUCCCCUCAGCCAGAGGACAGCGCCUCCCAGAGGUGGUUUAUCUCCAUGCAACAGGGAGGAGCUGGCCCCAACAAACUGGAUCUCAGUUCCUAUGAAGGGGACUACUCUAGCAGCAUGCUCCCUUACGGGAUUAAAUCCCUGCCUCUACAGAACUCCCACGCUCUCACCUACUACCCAGACUCUCCUUUCACUUCCAUGGCAGCAGGAUGGGGCUCUAGAGGAUCUUACCAGAGAAAGGUGACCACGGGCCUGCCGUGGUCCCCUAGACCCAGCCCCACUGGGUUCCCAGAGGACCAGCUGUCUGUGCCUGACAAAGACAAGGCUCAGGGGGAAGAGAUCAACGGCAGUAGUGUUGGUAACAUAGCUUCAACGUGGACUGAUACUCACUCUUCCACGCCGGGCCUGGAGAAAGCUGACUCUGGGGCCGUGGUGUGUAAAAGGAGACGUACGCCUCUGAGUGGACCCGGCACAGAGAACUCCCCCACUGUAAAGGGUGAGGGUCUGACUGCCACUGACACCUACAGCAAAGACUCAUCCGUUUCUAAAAGUAUGGCUUACUAUUCCUUCUACACAGGCCCUUAAUUAUCUUGUCACCUUUAAAAAAAUCUUUGAUGCCAGGUUUUCCCUCCUUUUCUUAUUGGUUGGAAGUUCCAAGUCUGUCGAUAUUCUGCCAAACCAGUGCCACCGACACCAACCUUAUUCACCAGGGUUUUUCACAGCAUGUGAUUGGACAGUGUAAUUUUUUAAAUAAUAAUCUAUGAUGGACCGUGGGAAUGGUUCUUAAAGGGCCAGAGUAUUCAAUAUAACCCAGUGGGUUGUGCUAUAACGUAUUGUAUUGUCCUUCAAUGUACCCAGUUGUGUGUUUGUACAAGAUAUGCCUUCACAUUGAAGUUUUUGUUUUUUACAGACGUGACUCGUUUAUUGAAGACUUGUGAAUAUGAUGCUGUAAAAUGUGAAGGGUCUUGUAUCAAAUAGACUGUAGAUUGUUAAGAGUUUUUUUGGGUUGUUUUUUCUUAAUAAAAAUUUUAAAAAGCUUCAA